AUCUCAGGCAUCGCAUACAUUUGCAUCGAGUUGCCCAGGCAACAACGACAGUACUUCUCACAGGCGCCUAUACCGAACGAUGGACGACAACCCCUUCGCCGAAAUCGCGGCUCGGCCUGCCCUCACAAAGACUUACAGGCGACCCGCGGGAGGCAUCGCCCGCGCUCAGCACGCGGGGACGGCCAUGCGAAUGCAUUCGCGGCCGUCGCAGCAACAACAGCACGGCGGGACAAGAAAGGGCGCGCUGCGAACGGAUGAGCAGAAGAUGCAGUCGGGUGACGAGCAGGAAAAUGGGGGACCGAUUAAGGGUGAAUCUGAGAAGGGGCAAGGCGGGAAGAUUAAUCAAAAGAAGCCACGCUUUACUGGCACUCAUCGAACCAAAACGGCCUUGUCAUCGAAACAAAACGGAAGCCUGCUUCGUAGUUCCGAUCAACAAACAAAGGCUGGGGCUUCCUCCUCGACGUCAAACCGCGCGACGAAAUCCUCCAAGAAAAGCGCUCAACAUAAUAAAGUCCUCACCGGUAUGCGCUUACCCAGUGACCCCAUCAACGUCUUCCGCGAUGAUUCCUCGGACGACGACGCGUCGGCUGUGGAAGGAGCUGAGCCCGCCGACAACGGUGCAGCAGAUGGUGAUUUCCCAAGGAACGCGUCGCCUGUUCCGUCCGACAUGUCGCUCGCCUCAACGCCUUCGCCAGGCCCGCCGCAAAUCUUUGGGCGUCCCUCCGUUACUACUCUUGGCCCUAUACAUAGACCGCUGGGACCGGCAGCGACUGCGCGUAACCGCGUAGCUGACAAUGCACGACAGGAUACUGGAAGGAGCAUCGUGCAACAGACACCACUCAUGAGGUCUUCGUCGCAGCAGCAUAUAGAACAUAAAGACCGCGGGAAAGCUACUCAGAAGAUGACCACUCCGCCUACUGCAGCUGUAGGGUCACCAUGGGCAAUCUCAUCCGGCGCGCCUCGUCGCAAAUCUCAAUCCUUCGUAUUUAAAAAUGCAGCUAAGCACGGGGAUAGUGGAUCAACGAAAACCUCGCGGGAGAUGGGGUCUGUGUCGAAUACCAUCGUGGCGAAACGGUGGCAAGCGGAUGUGGCGGAGGAUACGGUGCAAACUAGACCACGGGGCAUUCUGAUCAGCAGCCCGGCUCUAGACAGCAUUCUGAACAACAUGAUCAAGAAGCCGCGGUCCCCGAAGAUUCGUUUUUCAGAUGACGAUGUCUUCGGAGGGUCGGAGAAGCUCGACGCGAGGGGAACGGUCGAUGUCGGUGGAGGGGACGGCUUGAUGGAGAGAAGUAACGAUAUGGGUAGCGUGCCGCCGCCUGCAAUCGAGCAAGACAUGGAAAGUGAUGGAUCUGGGAAUGAAGAGCAACAGAAGCCGUUCACACAUGGUGAGAUAAUAUACGUCAGUUCCCACAUCCGGCCAUCGUCCCUGUUUUACCCGCUUCCCUUCCGCCAGAUAAAACACCUAUCCAGCUACCAACCACCCGCCCAUCGACCCCACCCGCCCGCGCACACCCAGCAGCAGCCUCACCAGAUCCACUCCUCACCUACCUCGCCGAAUUCGCAAACAUGCCCGCCAGCGCAGGUCGUCGCCAGUCGGGGUAUGCGCGUGCUAGGGCUCGGAUGGCUGAGUUGGGUGGUGAGAGUGAGGAUGAACUUGUGGUUAUCGUGCGGAUGUGACUGUGUGACUUGUUAGGGGUGGGGAUUGGAUGUAUAGGGAUGAUGGACAGAAUUAGAUCUCGAUGGGGGAGAAACCUAUUAGGCAAUCAUUGGGCAUCCUCGGGCGUCGAGUAUUUCAGGAGGAGGAUGUUAAUCAGGGUGAGGAGAGGGAGUGUGGGUUUGUGGGGUUCGUCGGUGGACAUAGCUUAGACAGGGUCGCCUCAACCAUUUUCUGUACCUGUACAUACGUUUUCUUGCAAAAAAUGGUCAAUCCGUGAAGCAG